AUGGCCGCGCCAGGCCUUGUAAGUUUAACUGUAAGGCUCGUGGACAGGAGCCGAACUAAGGAGAAAGCUUGGCAGGGCAUCGAAUACCUGUCCGUCUGGCACCUUGGCCGGGAAGUUGGCAUGCUGGAGCUAUCCACUCUGAAUGGCCGCGGAUACCUCUUCACGCACGCUGGGCGGAAGUGGAGCAGUCUCGUAUAUCCCAACCUCAGACUGAGUGAUGUUGGAGUAAAGGAGGGGAGUGUUGUCGAGUUUUCCGGUGACUUCGACAAGUCUGCAGGCACACCGCUCCUUCUCGAGGUCCAAUUGAUGGACAGAAGCAAAUCAACGAAGGAGUUUGGAUCAGUGCUCCCAGAGGCCUGCGUGUGGGAUCUUGGCAUAUCUUUGGGAAUGGAGAAGUUGACCACACUCACCGGAGGCUACAUUUUCUCCUUCCAAGGAAAGCGCUGGAAGAGCCUGGAACAUCCUUCGCUCACCUUUGCAGAAGUGUUCGGAGUCGGCUUCACCCAAGAGCAGGAGCUGCUGCUAAUCGCGUUCGAGGGCGACUUCUCCAGUCGAGAUCUCCCGAGCUCCGAUGCUGAGGUGACCCUUUCCGUCGUACUGAUGGACAAGUCCAAGAGCAAGACAGUCACUGGAAGGGCAAGGAGGGGCGACUCAGUCUGGAAGUUUGGACUACUCGUGGGCAUGGCAUCGUUAACGACCUCCAGCCGAUCCCAGGGUGGAUACGUCUUCCGACGGCAGGGUGGUGAAGCCUACAGGGAGCGCCUGUACCCGGAUCUAACUAUCGCAGGUGCCGGCGUGAGGGAUGGUGACACUGUCGAGUUUUCUGGCGACUUUGAGGUCUUCGAGCCUACAGCCGAUGCCCGUGCCGAUCCUGGGACAGCA